UGUGACGAAAGCCGGAAGCAGGAAGUGAGAGUGUCGGUUGUGUCUCCGGUUCUUUGGCUCCGUCUCUCCGGUUCUUCGGCUGUGAUGGCGGGAUCCACGGGCCCAGGACGGCCCGGCGCGGGGCUCCGGUCCCCGGCGCUGCUGCUGCUGCUGCUGGCGGGGGUGAGCGGGCCGGUGCGCGCCGUGUCCGAACCCGGAAAAUGGACCCUGAACGUGGACAGCGAAACCUUGAAGGGGCAGAAUUAUUUCUUCUUCACUAAAACUCUGUUCAACGGCAGCUUCAUUCGUCUGAAAUGGUUGGCGGAGACGUGUAACGCCUCGUCUCCGGUCCAGCUGGACUUCUCCUGGUAUCUGAGGAGCUCUCGCUGCCACGACGAGGUCAUCAGCCUGAACGCCACACGAGCAGCGACUUACUUCAACUCCACGGAGGUCAUGCCCGGAGGAGGAACCGGCUUCUACGUCUCCCACCGGUAUUCUGCCGUCUCCUGUGAACCACACAUCAAACCUGACAUGUUCACCCUGGGGACCUUCGGUGUGAAAACCCGUCUGACAGAACCGCCACAGAAACAGCCAAUCCCAGAGAAGGUGCCUGACACGAGGAGGAGGAGGAGGAGGAAUGUGGAGCAGCCGCCAAAACCAAAGGCUGCUGAACCACAGAAGGAGGUUGCCUCAGUGGAAACAGGAAACGCUGUAGCUCAGGAUCACUUUGGUGUGGUGGCCCAGAGCUGGGAGGACGGCCCCUACAUGUUCAUCCUGAACAUCCGAGAAAUCAAAGACAAGAGCCAGGACGCUUCCAACACCCCCACGCCCUGGAGCAUGCAGCUGCAGAUCAGCAUGAUGGGUCCUCACGACUAUAUAUCUGCCUCUGAGUGGCCGCUGAUGAUGUUCUACAUGGUGAUGUGUAUUGUGUACGUGCUGCUCGCUGCAUUCUGGUUGGUUCUGUCCGCUUGUUACUGGAGGGAUCUGCUCAGGAUCCAGUUCUGGAUCGGAGGCGUCAUCUUCCUGGGAAUGUUGGAGAAAGCUGUUUAUUACGCAGAGUUUCAGAGCAUCAGAUACGACGGCCUGUCAGUCCACGGGGCCGUGGUGUUUGCAGAGGUUCUCUCUGCCGUGAAGCGGACUCUGGCUCGGGUCCUGGUGAUCAUCGCCAGUCUGGGAUACGGCAUCGUCAAGCCGCGACUCGGCGCCCUGCUUCACAGAGUCGUCGCUGUGGGUCUGCUCUACCUGAUGUUCUCCAGCGUGGAGGGAGUCCUCCGAGUCAACGCUGAUCGAGGAGACAACAACAGCAGUAGAGUUUUGUGUGACAUCGUGCUCGCCUUCACUGACUCCUGUAUUGUCUGGUGGAUCUUUGUGAGUCUGGCUCAGACCAUGAAGCUGCUGAAGCUGCGGAGGAACGUGGUGAAGCUCUCUCUCUACCGUCACUUCACCAACACGCUCAUCUUCGCCGUCAUAGCUUCGGUCAUUUUCCUCAUCUGGACGACAAAGACCUUCCGGGCGACAAAGUGUUUGUCUGACUGGAGGGAGCUGUGGAUUGAUGACGCGUUCUGGCGCUUGUUGUUUUCCAUCAUCCUAUUGGUCAUAAUGUUCCUAUGGCGACCGUCAGCCAAUAACCAGAGAUACGCCUUCAGUCCUCUGGUGGAUGAAGAGAGUGAGGAAGAGGAGAAUGAGCCGAUGAUGAACGAAGCUUUCGAGGGGAUGAAGAUGAGGGGCGCGAAGAACGAGACCAACGGUUCAGCCAAAGCAAACAAAGUGGAUGAGGAUCUGAAGUGGGUGGAGGACAACAUCCCGUCUUCGAUGGCGGACGUAGCGCUGCCCCCCCUGCUGGACUCGGAUGAGGAAAUCAUGACCACCAAGUUCGAGAUGUCCAAGAUGGAGUGAAGAGGAAGAGGAAGAGAGAUGAAGAGUCUGUUCCACCAGACGCAGAAAUAAAUCAGAUUGCUGUCGCUGUUGGAGGAGGAGAGAAGGAGGUGGAGUGAAGGAAUGAAGGAGGUGGAGAGGAGGAGAGGAGGAGAGAAGGAGGUGGAGUGAAGGAGAGAAGGAGGAGGAGAGAAGGAGAUGGAGUGAAGGAGAGAAGGAGGACAAACUGGAGGACGACAGAGGGAACUCAGAGAAGAACGAGUUGUUCCGAAGACGGCGGCGGUUCGUGGUUCGAUCCCUGAAUGUACGAGCUUUGUAAGCCCUGGUGGUACGAACACUGGGAGUCGACCACAGACACUUUUUAUUCUUUCUGUUCAUCGCCUGUUUGUAUUUAUCUCUCUCUCUAUGUAUAUAAAUAUAUAUAUAUAUAUAUAUCUAUAACAUGAAAUGUGUCAGAGAUAUAUAUAUUUUUACAGAUUUCCCUGUUACUGUUUCUUUUCUCUUCUCACAGUUUUCAUGUCGAGAUGUGAUUUUCAGAUCUUGUGUCAUUGGACAGUUCUGUGUUUACAGUGAUUUUGCUUAUGAAGUUAAAAACUAUUGAGUUUCAUUCGUUCACCGAGUGAAAGCUGAAAAUGUAAAUUUUAUGAAAUCAAAUUUCUUUCGCCAUCGGUUUUGGAUCCGUGUUGUUUUUCGCUGCAGCUUCAACCAAUAAAUUCAUUUUUCACAUUCAGGUGAUUUCUCCUCAUAAACAGAUUAAUUUUUUUUGUAAAUCAUAUAACUGCUGUUAUUUUUGUGUGUGUGAAGGAAUCUGGGAAACAAACAAAUCAUGUUUUCUCCGUCUGACUGAUUAAAAUCAAACUUCUAUGAAA